AUGCGGGCUGCACAGGUUCUAUCUCAUCCCGAGAACAAACACCUCAUCUCAACCAGGGACGACGGCAAGUCCGCCAUCGAUAUUGGUUUCCCAUCACGUGGGGGGUCGCCCACAACGCUCGCAACACUAGGGAGAGACCCCAAUGCCGACAUCUUCGUGGAAGGUUCCGACAUUUCCAGAAUCCAAUGUUCUUUCGAAGUUGAUCUAGAUACCGGCAUUGUCAUGUUCUACGACCGGUCGAAUGGCUGUACGAGCCACGUCUUUGGGACCAAGGUCGUGCCAUUCGAAUUCGGCCGGGCUCGGAGAGUGGUCGUUGAUGAUGAACUCAACAACAUUAUUGGAAUGGGUGGUGAGCGAUGCGACCUCAUUCUUUUCGAAAUUAAAUGGCGCCCAGACCCCAGCGGAAGAGCGAACACCAUCAAACAGUACGGUGCUGAAUGUGGCACACGAAUAGAGCAUGCACGUACCGCUCGAACUGAGGACGCAGCACCGACCGAGCCGCCUCCGCAUCGCGGGAUUCGACUCCACACUCCAAGAUCUCUUGCGCUCAAAAUGCGAUACGUCAACAAAGAAAGGCUGGGACAGGGAAGUUUUGGGGAAGUACACAAGGCCAUCGAUAUUGACUCUGGAAAAUUGAUGGCUGUAAAGGUCCUAAAGCGACCUCCAACUUUUCCAGAGCAAGAAAAUUGGAGGGAAGCAGUGAUUCUCGGGGUGAACCGCGAGAUCAAGAUUCUUUCUAGCGUCACCCACAAAAACAUUGUCAACUAUAUAACGUCACAAGGCGACUUCGACAGUGGCUUGAAGAUCUUCAUGGGUCUCAAAGAAGGGACUUUAGAGUCAUUGAUUGUGAAGGGACGUGCUGACAUGAUGAAAGUUGCGGACGGUGCCCUCUGGCAUAUGCUGCAGGCGCUUGACUACAUUCGAUCCAUGGACAUCAUUCACCGCGACGUGAAGCCGGCGAACAUUCUUUACAUCACGGACAGAAGCGGCCAGUGGCAGUUCCAGCUGGGAGAUUUUGGCUGCUCCGAUUAUGCUCCUCAAGCCACCACAAUUUCCGGAACCCCCAAAUUCAUGGCCCCCGAGGUUUUCCAUGGUCGGCCUCAGAGCUGCAAACCAGACAUUUGGUCGCUCUUUGCGACAAUAGUGUGGACGUUGGAUGUGAAUGGCUUUCGGUACGGCUGUUUCCAAACCCCGGAUGAUCUCUUAGGGACGCAUGUGCCAAGAAUUGAGCCUAUGGCGGUCGGGGACCCAGAUCGACGUGCUUGUGCGGCGCAGAUGCUUGUCAAGUUGUACAAUGGCAAAGGACUCACUACGCCGCGCGAAAAGGUUCCACCUCUUAGCUCUUUAGUCUAA